GUCGUUUCGCGCUUCAUGACGGAGCCGUCGCCGCGGGGCCGCCUGAGUUCGCGGCUCUUACAAGCUUCGGCCAACAUCCAAGCCUCGUUCCACUGCCAGCCGCCCCCCGAAGAGCUCAGCAACAACGACGAGGCACCGGUCCAGAAGCGCAAUGCUGUUUGCAUCUUGCCUGAUUUUUCCGCGCUCGGGCUAGCCGGGCCAACGUACCCCGACCACCCGCAGGCGUUUGGCGGCUCGUCGCUUGUCCACGUCUCCAAGCUGCAGGUGGAGGCCAUCUACGGUGGCUCCAUGGGCUUCUACACCCUCGUGCUCACCACGGCGUGCGUGUCACCCGUCGUCGUUCACAUCAUGGUGCAGUCGGACCGGUCCCGCGCGGUUCGCAUCACCACAUCCCGCAUCUGCUUCACCCCCAAAACGUACCACAUUCCCCAAGCGGUCGGCGUGUAUGCGGUGGACGUGACGCGCGAUGCAAUUGCAGUCGUUCAUCGCGUCUAUUCGCAGGAUGAACGCUUCGACCAGGCGUUCGUGCCCAGCGUGCAGGUCGCCGUCUUCGGCAACGAAGCCUCGUACGUCUGGACGUUUGGGGGCGACGCCGCGCUGCUACCGCCUUCGGGAGCGCGUCGCGGCCCGCACCUCGUAUCGGGAUUUGCACAUGCUGCCAACGAGAGCGCUGGACGCACCGAGAACCAGGAGGCGUCGCAGCCGGCCGUCGAUGGGCUCCUCGAAGACCACGACAUUUACUUCAGCAGUAUUGGGGCGGGCGACACUUUCACCGUUGUUGUCUCGUCACAGUCGUGCCUCGCCUACACGUACGGGCAGGCGACGCUGGGCGACCACACGAACUGUGGCUCAACGACUGCGCCGCAGCUCCUACUGGCCUCUACCUUUUUCUCGGCCCACGAAAAGCCCGCCAUCGCGUCGCUAAGUUGCGGGCAGCACCAUGUGGCGGUCAUCACGCGUGCCGGCUUGCUCUUCACGUGGGGCAGCGGUCGGUUUGGGCAGCUCGGGCACUCGUCCUACUUGGACAUUCUGACACCGCGCCGCGUCGACUUUACAGGUCUCCUUACAAAAGCGGGCGACGACGCGAGCAAAGUGGUCGUCAAGUCGGUCGCGUGCGGUGGGCAGCACACGCUUGUGAUCACCGACCUCCAGCAAGUCUUGGCGUUUGGACAUAACAAAGCUGGGCAGCUCGGGCUCGGGCACCGCAACUGCCGCACCGAGUCGGGCUGGCGCAGCUGCACACCAAGCGUCAUUUCGACGCUGACGAUGCACUCGGUGCACCAAGUGGCCGCCGGGUACCACCACAGCGCAUGCAUCACCACCCAAGGCGAGCUGUACACGUGGGGGUGCGGCGUCGACGGUCGCCUCGGCACCAACUCGACCACAACCCGGGAUACGCCUGCGAUUGUCCAUGCGCUCAAGACACUGGAUGUGGUGCCCAAGAUUGUGCGGUGCGGCGGGCGACAUACGUGCAUCGUCACCGCCACGGACGAGCUGUACACGUGGGGCGCCAACGACUUUGGCCAGCUCGGCCUCGGGGACACCCGCGCCCGAAGCGCGCCGACGCUCGUGACGUUUCCGUCGUCGACCCGCGUCCUCGAUGUGAGCUUGGGGCAAUUCCACUCGGCGGCCGUGACCACGUCGGGCGAUGUCUAUACCUGGGGGUACGACGUCAACGGCGGGCUUGGGCUGCCCGACGCACUCGACGUGCAACCGGCACCGGUGCUGCUGACUGCCUUCUCGGGCCUCGCCGCGGUCCAGGUGCAGUGCGGCUGGAGCCACACGACCGUUCUCACCAAGCGCAAGGUGCCGGGGCGCAAGACCGUCUUGGCCCAGCACCUCGAAGAGUCGACCAAGACGAAUGUCUUGGCGACGCUGCAGCACAUUGUGUCGCACCAGAUUCCGUCGCGACCGCAGAGCGCGCGCCCGUACCAACCAACGCCGCGGCAGGUCGAGCUGGCGCGGACACGACAAAGUGUCGCGUCGUUCCAUGACCGGAUGGCCCGCGUGCGGCCGCACUCGGCUCGCCUGGCGCCACCACCGACCCUGUCCGUACCCCAGCGCUUACCCCGGGCCACCAAACCCGUCUUUUUGAAAAAGAAGAAAAUUACGAAAAAAGGACGGCCGGCGACUGCGCCGCCGAAACGAGCGGCUCCGAAAUCGCCGACGAAGCGGCCAACCGCAAAGCCGCCAGCGCCACUGCAGCCGAGACCGCAGUCGGCGUGCCCGCGACGGAACAUCUUUGUCAAGAAAGCUACGCCGCGACUGCCGCCGCCCAUGACGCCCCGCGAACUCCGAGACAUGACGCGCACCGUCUUGCACGAGCUAAACCACCGAACGCCCUGUGACGACGACGACAACAACCUGAUGGAGACGACGAGCAAGUGGACAUUCCUAACCGCGUGCACGGUGACAACGGAUGCAAAGCCCAAGCGACCAAAGCCCCGGGUGCGGGCGACGCGGCCCAAGCCAGCGCCGCCAGCGCCGCUAGCGCUGCAGCUCGACAAGGCCAAGCUACGGUCACGCUGGGAGCGCAACGACGACAUCCAAUCGGUCCUGAAAGAGAAACAAAAGGAGCACCCGCGAUUAUGGCUGCGGUAAGCCACCUUUCGAGGGAUGUAUGUCAGUCAAGAGAGUGUUGGUGGGUCACCACCCGU